UCAUGCUGCUGCCAGGUCCAGAGUCUCUCAUGGGUCCCUGUACGGCCUCCCAUUGCUGCUGUCUCCAUCGCCACACUCUGCCAUGUGCCACUUUCAGGUCUCCUCACACACUGCUGGUGUGUUCCAUUUUUUGACAUAGGGUGCUGGCAGAUUACGGGCCUCCCAUAGCUGCUGCCAGGCCCCUAAUCUGCCAUGGGGCCCCUGUACCGCCUCCUCAUGCUGCUGCCAGGCCCCUAAUCUGCCAUGGGCCCCUAUACCGCCUCUCCUCAUGCUGCUGCGAAGUCCAGAGUCUCUCAUGGGUCCCUGUACGGCCUCCCAUUGCUGCUGUCU